AUGUCAGCUGUCCAAUUAUCAAGCCCGUUAGUUUUAUCAAGUUAUGAUCCCAAUGGUCGUUACUUAUGUUACGUUACAACAGCAUUAGACAAACAACGUGUAUCUGUCGAACCAACCCAAAAGGGCCAAAAUGAUGCACUGUUGAAUGAAAAGUUUCUUUAUCUAGAUUCGCCUGAACUGAGAGUAACAGCUCUCAAAUGGGCUUAUUUGAACUCGAACGAAACUUUGUGUGUCUUUAUUGGAUUAAAUAAUGGUGAAAUAUGGCUAUAUUCACCUCUUGCUAAUGAAGUCAUAUUGAAAUUAUCAACAGAAAAUGGUUACGAUGUCAAUGACUUCGUAGUUGCCAAUGAGUCUUUGUUUUGUGUCGAUUCAAAUGAUUUUAUUUACGAAUUCGAUUUAAUUAAUUUCACAUUGAGAAACCAUUUUAAGAUUGAACAAUGUUCAAAUUUGAAGAGGAUUGAAUACGUUGCAGAAAAUAAAAUCCUUGUAGCAUCCCAUCAAAUCUUCCUGAUUGAUAAUGUUAAGAAAGAGAUUAUUCUAACUCUACCUGGUCAUAUAUCUCCUGUCUGUACAUUGAAAAAAAUAAGUGAAGAGUAUUUAUUAUCUGGGGCUGAAAAUGAUAGAUUCCUAAAUAUUUAUAACCUGUCCGAUGGUAGUAUAAAGAGUGUUCUGGUCGCGAAAUCCAAUAUCAAUAAAGUAUCCACUUUUGGAACUUCCAAAGUUGCAGUUGCUACAGAAAACGGUAAUUUUGAAGUGUUUGAUGAACCUUUGUUAUCUAAUAAGUCUAAGAGAAGAAAUGUGAAAUCAAGACAAUGCACAAAUACAGGUAGUAUUGUAAAUAAAAAUGGUACCGAAAUUCCAAGUAUCGAUGUAUACGCUGGGAAGGAUAUCAUCAAUGUUACAUAUGUAACCAAUGCAACAAUGUGUCACUUUGUUCAAGUACGUUGGGGUAGUCUUUCUAUUGAUCAUCAAAUUGAAGUAGACAUCACAAAUAAUGUCAAAAAUAUAUCACAGGAUCGUUCUUUGUAUGGGAAGGAUGUUGCUGCUACAACAACCUAUAAAGAGGGUAAUGCUAGAGUGACAUCUGGUGACAACUUUAAACAUAUUGAAGAUAUUAUUAAAGAAUUAGAUAAACAAUUUGAUGAGGAUAGAUCAAACGAAAAUGAAGGAGAUGACAAAUUGGAAUCCCUAGCUGAUAAAUUACCAACCUUACAAAGCACAAAGAAGAAAAAUCCCGUAACUGGUACUGUAGCUGUUAUUUUGUCACAAGCUUUACAAUCCAAUGAUCAUUCACUUUUAGAGACAGUUUUAAAUAACCGUGACGAAAGAAUAAUAAGGGAUACAAUAAUGAGGCUAAAACCUGUAUUAUCUGUUAUAUUACUUGAAAGAUUGGCAGAAAGAAUUGCAAGACAAACACAUAGACAAGGUUCUUUGAAUGUAUGGGUGAAAUGGUGUAUUGUUAUUCAUGGCGGUUACUUAAUAAAUGUUCCAAAUCUAAUCAAAACUCUUGCAUCUUUACAUUCAACAUUGAAAAAUAGGGCCAGUUUAUUAGAUAGAUUGUUAUCACUAGAGACUAGAUUGGACUGUGCCUUAAAUAAAUUCGAUGUUUCAACAGGAGAAGGUGUAUAUACUGAAGAGUAUUUAAGCGAAGAGGUUAUUGAUAGCGAAAACGAAGUGACAUAUAUGGAAGAACUUGAUGAUGCUCACCUAAUUGAAUCUGGAGAAGAGGAUGAUUCAAGCGAAGAUGAGGAAGGUUCCUCCGAUAUUGAGGAGGAUGCAUUAAAUGAUGGUUCUUUGAGUCAACCUGUUGAUACCAUUAACACAAAAGAAACUAUAAACGAUGAUGAUGAGGAGGGUUAUAGUGAUGUAGAAAUGGCCUAA